GUUGCUGUAUCAGAGUGCGUACUUCACGUCCAGGAGCUAACGAGUUAGCGCGGUCCUUUACAGACAACGCAGGCCGACACAAACAACCGACACGCCACGAGCAUGACACCGACAGGCCUCCGCGUCCCAGCAGCAAGCAGCAGACUCCCUGGAGGUCAGUAGCGCCAGGCUGGCCGGCGUCACUGUGACCUCAUCCUUCUCAAACCUGUGGGUUGUUGUUGGAGGCCAACAUAACAUAUCAUCAUGAGCGCCCACGAGUCCGACGUGCACACCAUCUCUCCGGAGCUGCCGGCGAUGGUCGACGGCGUGAAGCUGGCGGCGGUGGCCACGGUGCUCUACAUCCUGGUGCGCUGCCUGAACCUCAAGAGCCCCACCGCCCCCCCGGAACUCACCUACCAGGACACGGCCCUGAACCGCUUCCUGCUCAAGUCCUGUCCUCAGCUGACCAAAGAGUACAUCCCCCCCUUACUGUGGGGUAAGAGUGGGCACCUCCAGACGGCCCUGUAUGGUAAACUUGGCCGGGUGAGCUCACCUCACCCAAGUGGAGUCAGGAAGUACUUACCCAUGCAGGAUGGGGCCACUGCGACCUUUGACCUCUUUGAACCAGUGGGGGACCAUAGAACAGGAGAUGACAUCACCAUGGUGAUCUGCCCUGGCAUUGGAAACCAUAGCGAGAAGCAUUACAUCCGAACCUUUGUGGACCAUGCCCAGAAGGACGGGUACCGCUGUGCUGUGCUCAACCACCUGGGAGCUCUUCCCAACAUCGAGCUCACCUCUCCACGCAUGUUCACCUACGGGUGCACAUGGGAGUUUGCAGCCAUGGUGGGCUACAUUAAGCGGACGUAUGCUCAGACCCAGCUAAUGGUGGUGGGCUUCAGUCUGGGUGGGAACAUAGUUUGUAAGUUCCUGGGCGAGAACAGGCUGAACCAGGAGCGGGUGCUGUGUUGUGUGAGCGUCUGCCAGGGCUACAGCGCUCUCAGGGCUCAGGAAACAUUCCUCCAGUGGGACCAGUUCAGGCGUUUCUAUAACUUCCUCAUGGCUGACAACAUGAAGAAAAUCAUCCUGUCACACAAGCACAGCCUCUUUGGGGGGAGCCCACUGAAACUGAAAGAGCUGGACCUCGGCCGUCUGUACACCGCCACGUCGCUCAUGCAGAUCGACGACAGCAUCAUGAGGAAGUUCCACGGCCACAGCUCUCUCAAAGAGUACUACGAGAAGGAGAGCUGUGUCCAUUACAUCCACAACGUCAACGUGCCGCUGCUGCUCGUGAACGCUGCCGAUGACCCUCUGGUUCAUAACUCCCUGCUCACCAUCCCUCGCACACUAGCAGCUAAGAAGCCCAACGUCAUCUUCUCCCUGACGCUCCACGGAGGUCACCUGGGCUUCUUCGAGGGCGCGGUGCUGUUCCCCCAGCCGCUCACCUGGAUGGACAAGGUGAUCGUGGGCUACGCCAACGCCAUGUGCCAGUGGGAGAAACAGAAGCCGCCGUGCCAGAGCCUGGCCUCCUGAGCGUAAAGUUCUGAGCUUGUGACCCCCCCCCCCCCUCCCCCCCCCAGCACUGAGGACACACCUGAACUCGACCUGCUCUCCUUGUCUGCGUCUCCUCUGGUGCUGCUCCACACAGCCGUCUCCACGCCGUCUCGUGUUCUCUGAACGACUAACUGCCUUUGUUCUCAUUUCCCUCACCGACACUUUGACUUCCGAGCAGAAUCAUUUGGUGUCUCUUCCUGUCCGUGAUCUUUGGCGCUGACCAAAUCUGACGAGGUGAAGCGGCGCUGGCGUUAAACGGCGAGGCAGAGGAGACACGAGAGGCUCUCCUGGUCCUCAUCCAGGACCCACUGCCCCCCCAACGGGCCCCGGAGCCCCGUCUGAACCAGCACAGUGUGUGUGGCCCCUGGCCUCGGGGCCCCUGUGUUGUCCUUUCUUUUGGCUGAGCAGCUGACAGUGAAGCAUUAUGGGGGAUUUAACUCGUUAUUUCCAGCUCCUAACAUCCCAUGACACUUGACUUGUUCCAUGUGAGACGCCAGGGAUCAGAGCGGAUAAGUGGAUCCCUCUCAGUGGAUCCCUCUCAGUGGAUCCCUCUCAGUGGAUCCCUCUCAGUGGAUCCCUCUCAGUGGAUCCUCUCUGUGGAUCCCUCUCUGGAUCCUCUGUGGAUCCUCUCAGUGGAUCCUCUGUGGAUCCUCUGUGGAUCCUCUCAGUGGAUCCCUCUCAGUGGAUCCUCUCUGGAUCCUCUCUGGAUCCUCAGUGGAUCCUCUCAGUGGAUCCUCUCAGUGGAUCCCGCUCAGUGGAUCCCUCUCUGUGGAUCCUCUCUGUGGAUCCUCUGGAUCCUCUGUGGAUCCCUCUCAGUGGAUCCCUCUCAGUGGAUCCUCUCUGUGGAUCCUCUCUGGAUCCUCUCAGUGGAUCCCUCUCUGUGGAUCCCUCAGUGGAUCCUCUCUGGAUCCUCUGUGGAUCCCUCUCUGUGGAUCCUCUCUGGAUCCUCUCUGUGGAUCCCUCUCUGUGGAUCCCUCUCUCUGGAUCCUCUCAGUGGAUCCUCUCAGUGGAUCCUCUCUGGAUCCCUCUCUGUGGAUCCUCUCAGUGGAUCCUCUCUGGAUCCCUCUCUGUGGAUCCUCUCAGUGGAUCCUCUCAGUGGAUCCUCUCAGUGGAUCCUCUCUGUGGAUCCCUCUCUGUGGAUCCUCUCUGGAUCCUCUGUGGAUCCCCCUCUGUGGAUCCUCUCAGUGGAUCCCUCUCUGUGGAUCCCUCUCUGUGGAUCCUCUCUGGAUCCUCUCUGUGGAUCCCUCUCUGUGGAUCCCUCUCUCUGGAUCCUCUCAGUGGAUCCUCUCAGUGGAUCCUCUCUGGAUCCCUCUCUGUGGAUCCCUCUCUGUGGAUCCCUCUCAGUGGAUCCUCUCAGUGGAUCCCUCUCUGUGGAUCCUCUCUGUGGAUCCCUCUCUGUGGAUCCCUCUCUGUGGAUCCUCUCUGGAUCCUCUGUGGAUCCCCCUCUGUGGAUCCUCUCAGUGGAUCCCUCUCAGUGGAUCCCUCUCAGUGAAUCCUCUCAGUGGAUCCUCUGUGGAUCCUCUCUGUGGAUCCCUCUCUGUGGAUCCCUCUCAGUGGAUCCUCUCUGUGGAUCCCUCUCAGUGGAUCCUGGAUCCCUCUGACCCGCAGCGCCUUCCUCCUGCCUCCCUGUGCACAGGUGUGGAGGUUCUUGAUGGCGUCGCGCUCCUCUGGCCCAGCGCCAUGAUAACCCGACGUUAGACGACUCGAGUGUUCCCCGUGUUGCCCUCCUCUUCGUCGCCUUUGAUCAGCCGCAGGUCCCGAGGUCUUCCUCUCGCUGCACGGCUCGUGGUUCUAAGGCCUGGAUGAUCUGCAGAUGCUGUGUUGUGAAAGUUGACCAGUGAUCUGAGCUGGGAGGUGAGAGGAAGAGGAGGAUGACCCCGCUAGGCCACAUGUUUAUUUAGUGUAUGUACUGCUGGUACUUCUCUAGGGGAGUGUUCUAUUGUUGAACUAAACGGAGAACACGGCACGUUGGGAUCAAGAGACAGAUUCUGUCCAAGGGAAUGUUUUCGUUGCAGACGGAUUGAAGAACUUUUCUUUAUUCGACUGUUUGUUGACGUCUGAAACUGUCUGGAUGGACGUCUGAGGGUCUGAGGUCUGAGGGUCCAUCCACAGCCUCAUGUGCAGCGAGGAAGGGAACGCUCUGAUCCAAUGAGAGCGCUGGUUGCCAUGACGACUCGUCAGCCGGCCACGACCGAAUGAAUUAAACUAACGACGAGAAGGGAACUCCGAGCCAGAGGGAACGGCUCGGAGAACGGGAGGUCAGACCGGGUCAAACCGGGUCAACAUGUGCCAAACCCAACGGGUUGAUGUGGGCCGUGACGCCUCGGCAGACACCGAUUGGUCGUGCGCCUCUCAAGGCGGUUCCAUCUCCUGCCGUCUGUUGUCUUGGAGACCAGUAUCCGGUCCUCCGGCCCGAGGCCGACCCAGCCGGGCUCGGCGCUGUGGUUCUGGUUCCUCGUGCCGCCGUGUUCCUUUGACCUGUUUGUCUCCAACUUUGCACCAAAAUGCAGGUUUUUGAUUUAUUAUUUGAUGUAUUUUGUUCUUGUCCAUUAUUCGCUAUGUUUUGUAUUUUGAAACGUUUUCUGAGUAUUCGUGAUGUUUGAGUGUUGCGCAACACGUCUUCACUAACUAUAUAAAUGUGGGUUUCGUAUAUAUGAACAUGUUUUGAGGAACGGUGAAACAUGAUGUCAUCAUGUCUGUCACCUGGGACCUGAGCUGCUGCUGUUGCUAUGACAACCAGCUCCUCGGCGUCAUCUGCUUUUGUUUCAUGAUUAAAGAUCGUGGCCUCAC